CAGGAGUUGGGUGUGUUCGUUAAAGGCGCCUUGGAGGGCGAGGACGCCGACCGUGAAGGCGUUUGAAGUGCCGAGGGAACCCAUUAUUAGAGGUAAGUGAGGUUAAUAGUAUCAAUUGUUGAGAGUUGAUGCGUUGAAAGAUCGAAGAUUUUUGACUCAUGGUAAAUAAGCUUUAUGGGGGAUCGGCCGUGGGGGGUCGGAUAAUCGUUUCUCCUCGGCGUUCCUAUCCCGUUGACACUAAAUUGUUGCCAAAUGCAGGGUUCCGCAGUACGUACCAAUCAGAGGGUCACAUGAAAGGUCGCACCUGCACCGGCGUAAUGACCAAGUCCCACCAAAAUGCUGGAAAUCUUGAAAACGGUGACGACCUCAAAGAACCCCACGUCCCGCUUUCUCUCUUCUCCAUAUGCUUCUCUGUCUUGCGUCCCGGGAGGGUUAUCAACAAUAACGACAAGAACUCACUCUUGCACCCCGACAGCGACAUAGAAACUACCGCCCAUCAUGCACGCCAUACUCGUCUGGAUCUUGUAUCCCUUCCUCUUCACCGCCGCCCUCGCCAUGUUCUUCUUCGGCCUGUCUCUGGUGCUCCCCCAGGCUGGCUUCGUAGCGCGCAUCCUCGUGUCAUAUCUUGCCCUCGUUGCGUGCGCCAUAUACGGUGUCACAGUCUCUCUCAUCGCCCGGCCGUUCGGGCUCCAGCACUCUGCCCAAUACGCCACCGGACGGGCCUUCGAGUUCGUGAUGAAAUACGGGGCCGGCAUAAACGUUAUCAUUGAGGACCCCGAGAACUACUUGAACACCGUUCGCCCCGCUGUCUUCAUCGGUCCUCACCAGACCGAGCUCGACAUCCUCAUGCUCGGCGCCGUCUUCCCGACCCACUGCUCCGUGACUGCCAAGGCCAGCUUGAAGCGUAUUCCUGUCCUAGGCUGGUUUAUGGCCCUGUCCGGGACGGUUUUCAUUGACCGUGGCAACUCGAAGAGUGCCAGAGGCGCGAUGCAAGGCGCUGCGGACGAGAUGAAGCGCAAGAGCCAGAGUGUGUGGAUGUUCCCUGAGGGUACCAGGAGUUACGCCGAGGAGCCAGGGCUGCUGCCUUUCAAGAAGGGCGCCUUCCACUUGGCUGUACAGGCCGGAGUACCGAUCGUACCGGUUGUCGUCGCCAACUACUCCGAUGUGCUGUUUGUGAAGAAGUACCGGUUCAACGGUGGCAACCUACGCGUGAAGGUGCUCAAGCCUAUUGAGACGAAGAACCUCACAUCCGAGGAUGUCGACGAGCUGGUUAUCAACACCCGCAACACCAUGAUCACGACAAUGGCUGAGUUGACCGCCAAACAACGCGGAAAGCCAGUCCAUAUCGACCCAAAACUCGGACUAUCAAAUGUGGGCGUUGUGAAAGCGAGCGGUGUUGAGGCGACAACGUCGGCUCUGCCAUGAUAGACAUUAUGAUUCAUGUUUAACUAUACAAUGACGAAUUAUUAAGAGGGUUGGCGCAAGCAUACGUCGGGACGCCAAUACCUGGGGUCGGGAUACAGUGGGAAGGGGGAUGAGGUGGUAAAGGGGUUAGAUGGCCGGAAACAUAGACCAUGGGAGGCGAUGGGGAAUGUGGCUGGGACUACCAUAGAGGUGCAUCAUGACAAUGAUACCCGAGCAGGUUGAGGCGAGCGGAGUAUAGGUUAGAUCACAGUUUAUUAAAAUCAAGUACUUAUUCACCAACCA